AUGCAGGUGCUCUCCAUAUUGUGCAUUUUGGGUUCAGCCCUCAUCCCCUUUGUUCAUGCCGGAUUUGAUCCUACAUCAUCCUCGAACAUUGCAGUAUACUGGGGACAGAAUUCGUUCAAUCAGGCUAAAGGCUCGCUUGCUCAGCAGAGACUCGCCUAUUACUGCUCUAACACUGAUAUUGAUAUUAUUCCUCUUGCUUUCAUGAACGGCAUUACUCCUGCUAUUACAAACUUUGCCAACGCUGGAGACAACUGCACCUCAUUCUCUGACAACUCUAAUCUCCUCGACUGUCCUCAGAUCGCGGAUGAUAUUGAGAUCUGCCAGAAAACCUACGGCAAGACAAUUCUUCUGUCACUUGGAGGCUCCGCGUAUACCCAGGGAGGAUGGUCUUCCACAACUGAUGCCCAAAAUGCGGCGCAGACAGUUUGGGAUAUGUUCGGUCCAACUGGUGCGGAGGUUGAUCGCCCUUUCGGAGACGCUGUCAUCGAUGGCUUUGAUUUUGAUUUCGAGUCAACAGCCACUAACCUCCCAGCAUUCGGCGCUGAAUUACGCAGCUUAAUGAAUGCCGCCACUGACAAGAAAUACUAUCUAUCUGCUGCACCCCAGUGCCCCUUUCCUGAUUCUGCCGACGGGUCGACGCUUGACGCCAUUGCUUUCGAUCUUGUCAUGGUGCAAUUCUAUAACAACUGGUGUGAAACAACUAACUUCGUCGUUGGCGCUACUACUCAAUCUAUUUUCAACUUCGAUGAGUGGGACACUUGGGCCAAGAGCAGCUUGAACCCCGACGUGAAGGUCUUUCUGGGUAUUCCGGCCAGCUCAAGCGCUGCUGGUUCUGGCUAUACGAAUGGCUCUCAGCUUCAAGCGGCUAUUUCCUACUCGAAGCAGUAUAGUAGUUUUGGAGGAAUCAUGAUUUGGGAUAUGUCUCAGCUCUACGCACCGGUUGGCGCCAGCGCUACUGAGACCCUCGUUGGUCAGUGGGACCAGUGUGGCGGCACUGGAUAUACCGGUUCUACUCAGUGCCAGUCCCCGUAUACAUGCGUCGAAACUACUCAGUGGUGGUCGUCUUGCAAGUAA